AUGGAUUUCAUCAACAAGUUCAAGCAUGGCGAGGAGCCGGAGCAGAAGCAUGAAUACACGGAUAGUGCCGCCCAAACUGGGUCAACGCACGACCUUUCCAAUACGGCUCCUCAGCACGACGCAGAAGAGCCCAAGAGGGACUUCAUCGGCAAGCUUAUCGGAGGCAGUGGACAUCACGGCGGGAAGCACGAGUCGGGCGACAAGGACAAGGGCUUCUUUGACAAGCUCAUCAGCAAAGAGGACCGGGAGAAAAAGAAUCUUGAGCUCGAGAAGCGAGAACUGGAGCUGAAUUAUGAGCUCGAAAAGGUGCUAAAAGAGAAGAAGGAUAACGAAACCUUCUUCGACAAGCUCAAGGACAAGUUUGACGGCGACAUUGACAAGGAGAAGGUGGUGCAGCACGAGGCGAAGGAGGAGGAUGACAAGCCCAGCUUCUUCGACAAGCUGACAGGGAAGGACGAGAGAGAGAAGAAGGCCGUCGAGCUCGACCGAAAGGAGGCUGAGAUCAGAGCAGACCUGGAGAAGGUGAAGCAUGACAAGAAGGAAAACCAGGACCUGCUGGAACGCAUCAAAGACAAGCUGGACGGUGACGAGGACGAGGAGCAGGCGAAGCCGCACGAAAAGCCCAGCUUCCUCGACAAGAUCACCGGCAAGGCCGAGGAGGAGGAGCGUCGACGCAAGGAAGAGGAGAACAAGAACGCAUUCGAGAAGAUGCACGACCGCAUCAACGAGAACCUUGGUGGCGGGCGCAAGGCUGAAGAGAAGGAGGACUUCCUUGACAAGACUAUCGAUGGGUUCCAAGAGCAUGUCCUCCACAAGGGCGACCAAAGCCACGAGAGCGCUUUCGAGCAGGCCAAGGACGCGCAGAUUGCACAUGCCAUUCGGAAUCAAUUGCACCUCAAGGACAAGGACAAGAAAUAA